CUAAAACCAGCAAACCGACAACAACAGCGGGCGCAAAAAAACGGAAAACAAAAGCGGUUGAAAUAUCAACAAUAAAAAUACGCAAAAAUUAUUAAAAUGAGCAGAAUUGGAAAUUAAUAUAAAAUUUUUUUUUAAGUAAAAGUGAAAAAUAUUAAAGAAAUAAAAAAAAUCUAUAAAAAAAUAUUUAAGAAAUUGUAAAAAAUCAAAAAUUUAAUUACUUAUUAAUAAAGCAAAAAAACACGUCUCGUUUAAAAUCCCUAAGUGAUUUUAACAUUAAAAAAUAAUCCACAAAAUUUUAGCACAAUUUUGAAUUACGUGCUUUCUUUUCUUUAUAACGAGCAUAAAAUCGUGCUUAAACACCAAGUGUAUCAGUAUAAUAUAGUGAUUUUAAUAAAAUUUAUUUAAAAUUAAAAAUUUAAUGUAAUAGACGAGAUGUCGUUGUCAUCGUUAUUAUCAGUGGCAGCAGCAACAGCAUUAUCAUCAUCAUUAUUAUCAUCAUUGUCACAAUCAAUGUUGUCGGCAGUCAGCAGGCAACAGCUGUUUUAAUGUAAACGUUUGUCGGUAUUUUUCAUUUCACAAGUUGUUGUUUUUGUACAUGUUUGGUGCUACGGUGUAAAAAUUCCCACCGAAAAAAAUUUAAUAUUAACACAUAAUGCCUAAAGCUAGCAAGAGAGCUAUUUUAAAAGAAAAUAUAAUACGGAAACGGAUGUGAAAAAAAAACAUAGGAAAACUGACUCGUUUAAUAAACGCAAACAGUAACAAAAAGAUGACAAAUAUUGUGGAAAAUAACAAGCGUAACAUAAAACUAACAAGGUAUGAACAAUGUUUUAACUACAACAACAAUAAGAGCAAUCGUAGCAGCAGUAACUACUGGAUUAUAGAACAGGAAAAGGAAACAAACGAAAUUGCAACAAAUGUUAAAAUAACAAAAAGGGAGCAACUGCAGAGACAAAAACAACAUUAUUUAAAUAAAAUAAACACAGCUACAAAAAGCGACUAAAUUGAACCAGAUAAGUUAAAGCUGGAACAACAAGGGAAAAUAGCAAGUUUAACAAUAAACCAAGCAAUUUUUUAUAACUGUUACAUGAAGCAAAAAACCACCACAUGGCAAAAGUGCAAUAUUAGACAAUAAAAGUGCAGUGCAGUUGAGUUCAGUGCCUAGAGUAAAGAAAAUAACAGUAAAGCAGCAAAGAGGACAAAAAAACUAAACGAAUACAGCUGCUUAUUUAACAAACUAAAACAACUUUUUAGUUGCUGGAAAACUAGAAAACACAGUUUACAAGAAGACUAAGUCAAAAUCUACAUAACAAAAGAACCAGCGAGCGUAAAUUAACAUCAAGACAUCAGCCAGUCAGCUCUUCGGUUAAUAACACACAAUAGACAACCAGAGUUAGAGUCAGGGGAAGAGCAGUAGAAAAGCAGCAGGUGUUGGUAAACCAUACUGGCAGUAAUAAAAUGAAAAUGACUUGGUUACAUUAAUAUCCAUUACAUCAACUUCUAAAAGUAAAGAAAAACAACAGGAAAACUUAUAUUAAAUCCCUACAGUUAGUUAACCUCCCCAUUUGCAUCUUCUCACUUUUACUUUUCAGUUAGAAAAUGUUUUAAUAUUUUCCUUUUAACCUCAACACAAGACAUUUCAUUAUACACGUGCAUUUUACAUAAAUAAAAAUUAAAAGAUACUCACAGCUAACGUCGAGGUAUAUUAAACGACAACAACAGUGAGGUUUUAAAAUAUAUACAAACACCACGCUUACACUCACGAGCUAAGAGUUUUGGCUUUUAAUCCUUGUUGGUUGGAUUGGUUGUUAUUGUAAGUGUGUGUGUGUGCUUGUGUGUUGUGGUUGCAGUUGUAGUGAUGUGGCGCGAUAUUUUUUUAUAUUUAACACUAAUCGUUUUAUUUUUCUUUAUUUUCUUGGCACAAUUAAUUGUCAAUGUGUAUGCAUUUCAACGUCAGCCCCCCGUACCCAAACCGAAUGCCGAACGUAAUGAUAUAAUCUUUGUUUAAAAAUAACGGUUGUAAUUAAAAAUAGUGUGGCAAGGAAAACAGCAACAAAGUAAAACAAUUGAAGGCAUGAUGAAAAUUAAAAAAAAAUCUAACAAAAUGUUUAAGGGGAAAUGUAAGAGAGAAGAGAGAGCCAGAGCAUGGGAAUAACAGUAUGUAUGUUACAAAUGGUUAGAAAAACAGAUCAGUAGAAAACAGAAUGUGUCAGUCAGGGAGUUGUUUUGUUUAAACAAUACAAAAGAAGUUGUUUUACAUUUUUGUUGUAUUUCUUUUUUGAACGAAAGAAAUGAAAUAAAAAUGUAAACAAUUUCAUGACAUUUUAGUUGUUUUAUUUUUCUUUGUCUUUUUUCUUCUUUGGUUUUCUUUAAACUUGUGCAUAUUUUCAUAAACAGCCAACAACUGUAUUAUAACAUUUAUUUUCUUUUUGCUCUUUUUUUGUGCUUAAAACAUAAAGCUAAUUAGCAGACAACGAUGUUGAGAAAAAAAGUAAAUAUUAUAAUUAAAUAAAUGUUACAAACUCCUAACAGAAACUAGUGUGUUAAGGAAAAAAACUUAAUUGUAACAGUUUAACAGGAUUCUUUAAAGGAAAUGUAAACGGAAGUUGUUUGUAAAAUCCAAAUGAAAAGUCUAAAAAGCAGAAUAAAACUAAAACGUACAAGUUAUAAUUAACUUAAAGUUAAAUAAAUUAAAUUAAAAAUGUAUUUUAAAGGAAAUGGUGUAAAGCAUUCAACAAUAAUUAAAAGCAAAUUGUGCAGUAAAUAUUAAAUUAAAAUAUUUUCUUUUGUUUUAAUUUUAUAACAAUUUGUGUAAAUAUUUUUUAUUUAUUUUUAAUUUGCAGCGCACAACAGGUCCGAUAGAGACCUAGGUGUAUUUC